AUGGAUGCAACCCAUCCAAAGUCAAUUUUGGAGUUGCUCACCCAUCCGAAUCCAGCAACAAUCCAUAGGAACCUUCAAAGCGGUGGUAAUACGUCGCAUCAAGACUGGUAUAUCCCAAAGCGCAUUAUAAAGUGGACUGACUUCCAGGACCUUCAAAUCUUGAAGCAGUCUUUCAACGGCCGGCUAUACGAGGAAGCCUGCCGUGAACGGGAAGGCUUUCGAUGCUUCCCUGAGAUAUUUGAUGAGGAGAAGAUCAUUUUAAGUGAGACAGAAGUCAGAGACUUGAUUGUACGAUGGGUUAAAGCCAAUGCUUUAGCUGGCCACAAACCUAUCGCAGAGGAGUUUCAUCCACUGCUCUGGGCCAAAGGGGACCGACCGGACGCGAAGAAUGCCAUGCCCCCUUUGUCACCGCCAAAACCUAAAAGGGUUAUGCAAGAGCGACGAGUUAGUAUGGAAGCCAAAAGGCGUAGGACCGGUCAUGGCCGCGUUGGCAUUCCGGACUCAGUGGGCAGCACAGAUUUCAAGGGUCCUUCCGCGAUAAAUAGAGAAAUAUCGAGAGGAUCUAAUGGCAUUGCUCGCCAGGAGGUGGAAGAGCGUGAGGAAGGUGAGGUGGACGAAAAUGGGGAUGGCGUGGGGGUUGUUUCUGGCUCUAACGACUCUGAGGGGACUAUUUCUGGCUCUGAAACCUCUAAGGGGACUGGUGCUGGCUCUGAAGACCUCGAUACGACCGAGCUUGAUCCCACGGUCUCCGGAACAAAGCUUAAAAGUAGUCAAAGGAGGACGAAGAAGAGGAAGCACAAGAGAUAA